GGUAUUAUGGAAACACAAUUAAUUGGAUUCUAUGUGCUCAUUCAUGGUACAGGUCACAGCUAGCAUGGAGUCUCAGUCACCGGAGGAACGCCAGAUCGCCCAUGCUAUAGCUCAACUCGAGCAGCAAUGGUCGGUUAUGAAUUCGACGAUGAUGGAGAAGAUAUUGGCCCUGAGGUACAGGGUCAACGCACUACUACCCAUAUGCCAACUACCCGACGAAAUUUUGUUGGAGAUAUUCAUGGAAGUCCAGUACGCUUACCGACUGCAGCUGAGGCCUUUCCAAUGGGUCCCCCCGAUCGCACACGUUUGUCGUCGAUGGAGAGAUAUAGCCCUGUCUGCACCGAUGCUGUGGACGAACAUUACAAACCGGCCACUCUCAUGGCUCGAGCCAGCCCUGGAACGAUCCCAAACCUCGCCACUCUCGAUCUACCUCAGUACUAGCUGCAACAUGCUACCGGAAAGUGCAGAACAGCGACUAGAGCAAGUUGUGGGAAACAAAGAUAGGUUGAAGAAGUUCGGGAUAACCUCGACCCCUGAGGUCGUGGAGAAGUGGAUCAUGCGGCUGCCGUCGUCUGCCCCGUUUCUGGAGAAACUCGCGCUGAUUUCGACGAGACCUUCAUCCCCGCGGCACUUGGAGCAACUCUUUAAGGAAGGCGCCCCGCGACUCAAAAAGCUUCAAAUGCGCGGCUUCUCUGCCAAUUGGAACCGAUCGCUCAUCGGAAGAUUAAAAACCUUUGAGCUCACCUGCUUUCAGUCCCAAUUACUCCUCCAAACGGUCCUGGACGCCUUACGGAACAUGCCGCAGCUAGAGAAACUAGCGUUGGAACUUAACAGUCAAGGCACGAUUGUACCGCCAAGCCCAUACACCAAAAUGGAGCUUCCGGGUCUGAAGUAUAUGCGAUUGAGGGGUGAACCUCGUAUGAUCAACGCAAUCCUCAUGGCGCUCGCCAUUCCAGCGUCGACAGAACUCAACAUUCACUGUGUUGGAGAUUCGUUCGACGAUCACUACGCCGAGUUUUCCUCCGCCAUUUCCUCCCUCUGGACAAACCCCCACAAUUUCAGGAGCGAUCCUCCCUAUUACCAGAGCCUUCGACUCGACUUGUUCGAUAGUCGCAUCGGAUUGUGGUUAUGGAACGAACGUAUCCAAUUCUCUGAAUCCAUGUUCGUAGCCCUCGAGUCCCAGCCUGCUGCAGCUGCUGUACUUCAAUUAGGCAAGGUUCCCAUUGGAAGCUACCAUCACCUUUUCAAUCUUCCUCUAACCAAUAUCCGGUCGUUCGCCUUGCUCCAUACGCUUCCAACCCAUGAGGAACUAUCGCUUCUGAUAGCGCAUUUACCUUGCCUAGAAGAAGUAUACCUCAGCGAAUACGCCUCGGAGCACUUUGCCUCUGCACUGAAGCUUGACCCCGCCUUCAGCAUCCGACGUUCGCGUUCGCGGUCCGAAGACAGGGUCGUCACCUACGCUCCUCUUUUGACGGACAUCCACUUGGGGUGCAACAACUUCGGUCAGAGGCCGAGAGGCGCCAGAAGGAGGCGCGACCAGUCUAUGCCCUUCCAUCAGAUGGCUUCAUGCCUAGCCGCACGGGCUACACAUAAUGCGAAAACGCCAACCUUGACCUUGGAUCCGACGGGUUGGAGGUUGACCGUGACCCAGAUCAAAGAUCUCAGGAGACGCGUACCGGGUAUUCGGAUUAUCGAGUGGCCUCAGGGGGCGACGGAAGGACAGACAGGUCUUGGGGCCAGUUACAUUCAACCUGAAUAA